CCGGCCGCGGGGGUCGCGGGGGUCGCGGGGGUCGCGGCGGGUCGGCCCGGCGAUCUUGAGCCGCUCGGCCUGGGAGGGCCCGGCCCCGCGCCCGCGACAGCAGAGCUGAGCGGCUGCCCUCAAAGCCUAAUGAAAUCAUGGACUGACCUGGCAUUUCGCUGAGGAAAUUUCAGGAAGACUUGAUUUUCAAAGCUAAUUAUGAAAACAUUUGUCAUUGGAAUCAGUGGUGUGACAAAUGGCGGGAAGACAACACUGGCUAAGAAUUUGCAGAAACACCUCCCAAACUGCAGUGUCAUAUCUCAGGAUGAUUUCUUUAAGCCAGAGUCUGAGAUAGCGAAAGAUACAAAUGGAUUUCUGCAGUAUGACGUCUCGCCUGGAGCAAACUCUAAGCUCAUCCAAUGGGCUCACCUUCCCAGUGACCGCAGUGGACUAGACAGCUGUUUUCUUCUUUCCACUGCUCAUAAAGUGCUUGAAGCGCUUAAUAUGGAUGAAAUGAUGUCCACCAUUUCCUGCUGGAUGGAAAACCCAUCAACAGACUCUGGAAGCACCGAAGAAAUUCCCAUAUUAAUCAUCGAAGGCUUCCUUCUCUUUAAUUAUAAGCCUCUAGACACUCUAUGGAACAGAAGCUAUUUUCUGACGAUUCCAUAUGAAGAAUGUAAGAGGAGGAGGAGUAAAAGGGUCUACAAGCCUCCAGAUGCCUCAGGGUACUUUGAUGGCCACGUGUGGCCCAUGUAUCUAAAGCACAGACAAGAAAUGGAGAACAUCACCCGUAACAUUGUUUACCUAGAUGGAACAAAAUCCGAAGAGGAACUCUUUACACAAGUGUAUGAAGAUCUAUUACAAGAACUAGCAAAGCAAAAGUGUUUGCAAGUAACAACAUAAAGAUGGAGUGCACUGAGUCCUUCCUCAGAUGAAUUAGGAAACUCCAAGGAGUAUGUUUGAGGAUCUUAACCAAGAUACAAUAUGUACUUUGGUAUGAUAACAGUUGUUGGUUCCUUUGUUUGUGUUAUCACACAUGGUUUCCCUGACAUGUGGAACAGUAAACAGUUAUCCACACCACUGGACAGGAAUUUACCUUAAUGACUUGUUUUCCCUCCACGGAGUAGAGAAAUAGCAUAGUUCACAAAUGAGUCAAUUUCUCUAGACCAAUGAUUGUCAAACUUUUCUGAAUGGGACCCAGAGUACAAAAUAAUAUUUACAUCACAAUCCAGUAUAUAUGUAAUCUAUUGUGCUUGUCUAUGUGUGUUUAUGUAGGUAUGUGUAUGUAUGUGAUGUGUGUGUAUAUAUACACACCCCUCAUAUAUCACAAAGCAUUUGCCUUAGAUUCAAUGCACACUGAUAUUUUUCUAUUUUUAGAUUUUCUAUAAUAUUCAUUACCAUCCAAUACCAAUGCCUAUUUCCUGCAAAUAAAGCCUUUGGCAGGAGUAGCAGUCACUUACCAGAGUGUCUUUUUGUGUGUGUGUGUUUUGUUACUCUUUCUUACAUAUAUGUAAAACCAGUGGAUCAUUGUGUUACUUGUGUUGAUACUUUGUUAUAACAGGGAAUAUUUUCUCUGUGUUUUAUUUUUCUGUCAAACCAAUGGUCUAAAGUCACAGAAAUCAGUUACGGUUACUUACAUGAUGUUCCUUUCACUGAAAAGAACAGACAGGAGAUCUGAAUUAUAUAAUAUUUUGAAGCCUCUUUCAAUGCUGGAAUUAAGAUUAUCUACUGUACUGAUCAACCUCUUGUUUUGUAACAGGUGGAUUACUCCCAAUCCUUUAAAUCUUUACAAAUAUAAACAUAUUGUUACAAUAACUUUAA